CCCAGAGAUGAAUCUGAGCCUCACAAUUCCCAGUUAGGGGCACUUGUGCACCAGGACAAAGGGUCCUUUCUGCAUUUGUUCUGUGGGCAGCUCCUUGAAGUCUGUGGAAUGGAAGUGGCAGCCUGGGCCCUUCUGUCCACUUGUCAGAGUUGAGACCUCGCCGUUGCCUCCCCUGAGGAUGCCUUCUGUCUGAGCACCACCCUGCAGUCCUGGGGACUGUCGCUGACAGAGCGGCAUUCACAGUCCACCAUGCUGCUGGGGAUUGUGAUUGGAGCACUCCUAGCCCUGGCCCUCGUUGGCAUCACCGUCUUUUUUGUGUACAGAAAGGUUAACCGAUUCCGACAGGUACAGCCCACUCCUCAGUACAGGUUCCGGAAGAGAGACAAAGUGAUGUUUUAUGGCCGGAAGAUCAUGAGGAAGGUGACCACGCUGCCCCACACGCUUGUGGGGAGCACGGCUGCCCCCCGGCAGCGGGUGAGGAAGAGGACCAAGAUGCUGUCUCUGGCCAAGAGGAUUCUGCGUUUCAAAAAGGAAUACCCAACCCUGCAGCCAAAGGAACCACCACCGUCCCUGCUGGAGGCUGACCUCACAGAGUUUGAUGUGAAGAAUUCUCACCUGCCAUCAGAAGUUCUGUACAUGCUGAAAAAUGUGCGGGUCCUGGGCCACUUUGAGAAGCCACUGUUCCUGGAACUUUGCAAACACAUGGUCUUUGUGCAGCUACUGGAGGGGGAACAUGUCUUCCAGCCAGGAGAGCCAGAUACCAGUAUCUACGUGGUGCAGGACGGGCGCCUUGAAGUCUGCAUCCAGGAUGCGGAUGGCAGUGAGGUGGCGGUCAAAGAGGUUCUGGCCGGAGACAGCGUCCAUAGUCUUCUCAGCAUCCUGGAUGUCAUCACUGGCCACACCGCUCCAUACAAAACUGUGUCUGCCCGUGCUGCCGUCCCUUCCACUGUCCUCCGGCUCCCAGCGGUGGCUUUCCAAGGUGUUUUUGAGAAGUAUCCUGAAACCCUGGUGAGGGUGGUACAGAUCAUCAUGGUGCGGCUGCAGAGGGUCACCUUUCUGGCACUGCACAACUACUUGGGCCUGACCACAGAGCUCUUCAACCCGGAGAGCCAGGCUGUCCACCUGCUGUCUGUAGCCAGCAUGACUGCUGGAAAGGCCAAGCGGCAGGCCUGCUGCAGCUCCGAGGAUCGUCUGGAGAGGCCCCUGUGGCCCCAGGAAUCAUGCGACCCAGCAGAUCGAGGGGGCGGCCGUGCAGCAGCCUCGGGGCCUCUGCUGAAAAGGAGCCAGUCCUCCCCACUGCCUUCUGUCCACGAAGAGAUCCUGGACGAGCUCGGCAAGGCCCAGGCAGGUCACCAGGCCCCUUUUGCUCCACCAGGGAGCACAGCAGGUGCUACCUCAGACCUGAAAAUGGCGUGUGACCGUGCCAGAGUCCUGCUCCAUGCAGAGGAGCACCCUGGAAGCACCAUGGCCAGCAAGUCCAAGAAGAAUGUGAUGGUGGCAGACGCCCCUUCUGCAGUCUUCCACUACUCAGAGGCUAACUCAGAGGAGACUGUCUCCAGCAGGAAGACAGAUGCCAUCUUCAGAGCUGCCAAGAAAGACCUUCUCACCCUGAUGAAGCUGGAUGACCCCUCGCUCUUGGAUGGCCGGGUGACACUUCUCCAUGUGCCGGGGGGAACAGUGGUGUCGAGGCAGGGAGACCAGGACGUGAACAUACUCUUCAUGGUUUCGGGGCUGCUGCACGUGUACCAGCGGAAGAUUGACAGCGAGGAGGACACCUGUUUGUUUGUGGUGCGCCCCGGGGAGAUAGUGGGCCAGCUGGCCGUGCUCACAGGAGAGCCCCUCAUCUUCACCAUCAAGGCCAACAGGGACUGCAGCUUCCUCUCCAUCUCCAAGGCACACUUCUAUGAAAUCAUGCGAAAGCAGCCGACUGUCGUUCUGGGCGUUGCACACACUGUGGUGAAGCGAGUGUCGUCCUUUGUGCGGCAGAUCGACUUCGCACUAGAUUGGAUGGAGGUGGAGGCCGGGCGCGCAGUGUACAGGCAGGGGGACAAGUCAGACUGCACCUACAUCGUCCUUAGUGGCCGGCUACGCUCUGUCAUCCGGAAGGACGAUGGCAAAAAGCGUUUGGCUGGGGAGUAUGGCCGUGGAGACCUCAUUGGUGUGGUGGAGACGCUCACCCACCAGGCCAGGGCAACCACAGUGCAUGCUGUUCGGGACUCCGAGCUGGCCAAGCUUCCGGCAGGAGCCCUGACAUCCAUUAAACGCAGGUACCCACAGGUUGUGACUCGGCUGAUUCAUCUCUUGGGUGAGAAGAUUCUGGGCAGCCUCCAGCAGGGUAGUGGCACAGGUCACCAGUUCGGGCUGCACACCGCUGGCAGCAAGUGGGACACAGGGAACCCUGCCAGCAACCUCUCCACGGUAGCCAUCAUGCCCGUGUCGGAGGACGUGCCCCUCACUGCCUUUGCCCUGGAGCUCAAGCACGCCCUCAGUGCCAUUGGCCCUGUCCUGCUACUGACCAGCGACAACAUAAAACAGCGCCUUGGCUCCGCUGCUCUGGACAGUAUCCACGAGUACCGGCUGUCCAGCUGGCUGGGGCAGCAGGAGGACAUCCACCGGAUUGUGCUCUACCAGGCAGACAGCACACUCACACCGUGGACCCAGCGCUGCAUCCGGCAAGCUGACUGCAUCCUCAUCGUGGGCCUGGGCGAGCAGGAGCCAACAGUGGGCGAGCUGGAGCGCAUGCUGGAGAGCACCGCUGUGCGCGCCCAGAAGCAGCUGGUCCUGCUGCACCGGCAGGAGGGGCCCGCGCCCGCCCGCACCGUGGAGUGGCUGAACAUGCGGAGCUGGUGCUCUGGCCACCUGCACCUCUGCUGCCCACGCCGCGUCUUCUCCAGAAGAAGCAUGCCCAAGCUGGUGGAAAUGUACCAGCGCGUCUUCCAGAGGCCCCCGGAUCGGCACUCAGACUUCUCCCGCCUGGCUCGGGUGCUGACCGGCAACGCCAUUGCCUUGGUGCUAGGAGGAGGGGGGGCAAGAGGCUGUGCCCAGGUUGGCAUCAUCCGGGCCCUGGCAGAGUGUGGCAUCCCUGUGGACAUGGUCGGAGGGACAUCUAUUGGGGCCUUCAUGGGUGCCCUGUACUCCGAGGAGCGGAACUACAGCCAGAUCCGGAUCCGGGCCAAGGAGUGGGCUGAGGACAUGACAUCCAUGGUGAAGACAGUGCUGGACUUGACCUACCCCAUCACUUCCAUGUUCUCGGGAGCCGGCUUUAACAGCAGCAUCUGUAACGUCUUCAAAGACCGGCAGAUCGAGGACCUGUGGAUCCCCUACUUCACCAUCACCACGGACAUCACAGCCUCGGCCAUGCGGGUCCACACGGAUGGCUCCCUGUGGAGGUACGUGCGUGCCAGCAUGUCCUUGUCAGGCUACAUGCCUCCUCUCUGCGACCCCAAGGAUGGACACCUGCUGAUGGAUGGCGGGUACAUCAACAACCUGCCAGCGGAUGUGGCCAGAUCUAUGGGGGCAAAGGUGGUGAUUGCCAUCGACGUGGGCAGCCAGGAUGAGACGGACCUCACCAACUAUGGCGAUGCACUGUCUGGGUGGUGGCUGCUGUGGAAGCGUUGGAACCCCUUGGCCACAAAAGUUAAGGUGUUGAACAUGGCAGAGAUCCAGACACGCCUGGCCUAUGUGUGCUGCGUCCGGCAGCUGGAGAUGGUGAAGAACAGCGAGUACUGUGAGUACCUGCGUCCCCCCAUCGACAGCUAUGGGACUCUGGACUUCGGCAAAUUCAACGAGAUUUGUGAAGUGGGGUACCAGCAUGGGCGGACAGUGUUUGAUAUCUGGGGUCGAAGCGGUGUGCUAGAAAAGAUGCUACAGGACCGACAGGGGACAAGCAAGAUGACAGCGUGUGACGUCCUCACCUGCCCCAAUGCCUCCUUCACUGACCUUGCCGAGAUUGUGUCACGCAUUGAGCCCGCCAAGGUAGCCACAGUGGAUGAUGAGUCUGACUACCAGACAGAGUAUGAGGAAGAGCUGCCAGAUGGCCCCAAGGACGCCUAUGCUGACUUCCAGAGUGCCCCAGCCCACCUGGGCUCAGACUCGGAGGACGAGCCCUCGUUUCGGCAUCGGCACCCUGGUCUAGCUUUGCAGAACUUUCCUGGGACUCCUGCUUCCCCUAACACCCUGACCUAGAAGUCUCCACUUGGAUGCACCCCACAGCAAUGUGUGCCACAGGCCUCCUUCAGAGGCCCUGGCUCCUACCGCUCCUGGGAGGAGCUGCCAGGAAGACCCGGCAGGGGUCCAGGGCCCCAUGCACCACUGAGCCCAGCAUCAGGCUGCUUUGGGUGGCUCUGGCCUGUGUGCACCGGCAGCUUGUGGUGGGGCGCCGGGUCCUGGCACCCUCUGCACACACAGCAGUCCCCAGGGCUGUGCCCGCCUCUUCGGGGCUCCCAAGGCCUCUGAGAUGUUGGAGCCCUGGUGCAUCCACUUUGUGUGUCAAUAAAGGUAGAUCUGAUGGUG